AUGUGUUGGCUGGAGGAGGACAUAGUGGAGGAGGAGAAAGAGGAGGAGAAGGGAGAGGAAGUGCUGGAGGAGGAGUGGGAGGAGGAGUUGGAGGUGGAGGAGCUGGAGGAGGAGGAGCACCAAGCGCUGCCAAGGAAGCACAAGCUGGUAGAGGAAGAGCACAAGGAGAGGAAACGUGCACACCCAGAGGUGAUUGACAUGGACAAGGAGAUGGAGGCAGAGGAGAUCAAGACCAAGCCUCACAAGCAGCUGGUGGUGCACCAGUACUCUGCAGGCAACACUGAAGAGCAACACAAGGAGGCUGCCAGACUACUUGCCCUGCCUGACCUGGAGCUAGUUCCAAACUGA